CAGCACGCGAGCUCGCGAACACGCGCUGAACGCGUAGCCACCGUAGCGUAACGAAUGCUCUCGUUCCAACGUUUCGCUGUGAUGCCAACCGGCCAGCUGUGUUCUUCGCGGAGGUGACGUCUUCAGUCACUUAAAGUAUGCCUGUCACACGCCACCAGCUAAAGCUCCAGCUCUGGUGGAUCCUGACAGACCACAGACAAGGUCACGACGAGUUCCUGGAUGCCUACCGGGCAUUCUUCAGCAAGCAGGUCCCACUAGUGGACGUCGAAGCCACAUUUUCAUUCAGCGAAGUGUACCGCAAGCCUGUCAGGAACCUGUACGAGGAGCCAUUGUACUUGCUCGACUGCACCAUAGAGUGGCCCGGCGUCGUCUGGUUUGGUCCGUCUGCAAAAUACUCACAGCUUGGUCAUGCAUGGUGCAACGCCGGUCGGGACAAGGCAAACGGGAAGGCACUCUUCCAGUGGCUGGUGCCCAGUCCCAUGGAGGCCUUUCAGCUGGCCACGCACCCUGUCGACCACGACAUCAGCCUCUCCUCUGUGUCGUUUGGCACUCUGGUGCAGCUGGGCAUGUUUGUGCAGCACCAUAUGUUCUCCUCGUCUAUUGUCCGUGACCACCGCGACUAUUGGGUGAACGCCACGUUCAAGCACGACCAACGCGUGCUGCACGUCGACCUCCACUUGAACCAUCGCACCGCCUGUGAAGGAAGGGUCACAGAUUAUCGCUUCAUCGUGCCUUACCUCAACAUCCUGAAGGUGUUGAUAAACGAGAAGAAUCGCCUCGUAGAGAUCUACCUUCACCUCAAGACCCCGGCGAUGCUGAUGGGAGAGGUGGUGAACGACAUCCCUGCCCGGCCUGGCAGUCCUGCACAGCUACGCUGGGAGCGCCACCUCACCAUUGGCUGUAACUGCAUUGGUGGACCUGUGCGCACGGCAUCCCUCUGCGGAGGCCUAUUCCUCAAGUUGGUCCUACGGGACCACUCUCUUGCGAGGCGUGUCAUCGGACGGCUCUCACAGCGUUGCUCUAAUGGGACCCUCUUCUGCUAUGCACCCAUACAAACCUACUGUCCCGACUCUGUUGUGGGCCGUUGGACAACCGAGGUUGUGGUGCGCUGCGAGGAAAUGCAGAGGACCCUGCCGUUUCCCUGUGCCUACGCAUUGAAGGCAGCCCUGCACAUCACGUUUGACGUGCUCGACCAGAUGGUGCUGAUGUCGACGACCACAUUCAACAAGCUGAUGCAGGAGAUCGAGAGGCGGUCGAAAAAGGAGCCAUCGGUGGUGGAGCGGACACUGAGCCACAUCGUGACCAGCAUUGAUGCCGGCAAUGUUGUCAUGUUUGCGCCCGCCUUCUACGCUCUGUGCAGCCAGUUCAAAGACGAGAAGCCGCCACAGGUGGCCCGCGGCACCUGCCUGGUACGGAGCGUGUUUGUCACACCUGGCCGGCUCAUUCUACGUCCUGCGCAGGUUCAUUUUGAGAACAGAAUUCUGCGCCAGUUCAACUCGGAGUUCGCCAUUCGAGCAUCGUUCAGGGACGACAACCUGGACAAGCUGUCUUUCACACUGAACCUGCACUCGUCGCGGGACGCACUCCUGGACGCCGUUGUUGCGCGCUUCCUGCGCGAUGGGCUGCGUGUUGGCGCCCGAGAGUUCAAGUUCCUGGCACUAUCCACGAGUCAGCUUCGUGACCAUGGGACGUGGAUGUACGCGGCCGACGAGCAGCACAACAGCGCGGCGACGAUCCGUGAAUGGAUGGGCCAGUUCGAGGGCAUCCCUAACGUGGCCAAGCGCAUGGCACGCAUGGGCCAGUGCUUCUCCUCUACGGAGCAGUCGGUGCGUGUCAAGGCGUGCGACGUACAGGUAGUGCCGGACAUUGUGGGUGGCGCUCACCCGGUCAGCAAGAAGCCGUACAUCUUCUCCGAUGGCGUUGGCAUGAUGUCUGUGCCGCUGGCUGAGGAGGUGUACGAGGUCAUGAAGAUGAAGGACCGCCCGUCGGCCAUGCAGAUUCGAUACGCCGGUGCCAAGGGCAUGCUCUGCGUCAACCCUGCCCUUCCAGACAAGAAACUCCUCUGCCUGCGGCCCAGCAUGCAGAAGUUCCCCUGCUCCACCUCAGAGUAUCUCGAAGUGGUCAAAGCCUCGGCACCGCGCUCGGUGACGUUGAACCGGCCCCUGAUCACCAUCCUGGAGCAGCUGGGAGUGCCGAUCGACACGUUCGUGUACCUGCAAGAGUGCAUGAUUCUCGAGUUCACCGAUGCGCUUGUCAACGAGUCCAGCGCUGUCGAAGUGCUGGCUGCGUGGUGCAAGUUUAAGCUUCCCUACGAGGACCUUUCGAAAGCCGGAUUUCAGCUCACGCUGGACCCAUUUUUCCGGUCGCUCCUCCUUGCAGUGUACCGUAAUGCAGUUGCGGGCCUCCGGUACAAGACCCGCAUUGCGCUGCCGGUGGAUCGAGCCCGCAACAUGCUCGGAGUGGUUGACACAACGGGCAAGCUGCAGUACGGGGAGGUGUUCGUGCAGUGCACCGAGAUGCACAGCCCGCACGUGCAGCACCAGGGACCACUGAAACGGUGCGUCAUCACCGGCACGGUCCUCGUCACCAAGUGUCCCUGCCUGCACCCGGGUGACGUGCGCAAAUUCACCGCAGUCGACGUGCCCGAGCUCCACCACAUUGUCGAUUGCAUCGUGUUCCCAGCACGAGGACUCAGGCCACACCCCGAUGAAAUGGCUGGCUCUGACUUGGAUGGGGACGAGUGUGUAGUCAUUUGGGAAAAGUGCCUCUUCUUCCCGGGACCAAACAGAACUCCCAUGAAUUUCUCAGACAGGAACCUUGAGCCAGACAAGAAGGAAAUUACAAUCGAAGAUAUGAUACAGUUCAUAUGCAACUACAUCAAGAAUGAUUCUAUCGGCGUCUUGUCCAAUGCACAUCUUGCCUGGGCCGAUCAGGAACAGGAGGGCAUUCACUCGCAGAAGUGCCUCGCCAUCGCCGAGAAGAUAAGCAUCUGCCUUGACUUUGCGAAGAACGGCAAGCUGGCCUUUCUCAGGCGGGACGAACGGCCCGUGCUUUACCCGGACUUCAUGGAGAAAGGUAGCCACAAGACCACAUACCGAUCGGACAGGGCACUCGGUGUUCUCUACCGCACUUGUCGUUCCCUGGAAGCCGCCGUCGGCAGGCUGGGUCAUCGGCACGUCGAUCCCGGCCGGUGCCAGGCGCUUGCCGUACCAGGCUGGGAAGACUACCGUGAGUCGGCGAUGCAAGCCCUCUCCGAUUACAACACGAACCUGCGCCGGAUUCUGAACCGGGUCGGAAGGCGAGGUGAUGGCUUGCAUGGUAAACACUUCGACACGUACCACAACGCCCAAACAGACAAGCUGAACAUGGAGGACCUUGUCGAGAAGAUGACAAACUUUCUGACGGUCACCACGCGCAAUGUCUUCUACGAGGAAAUCUUGAAGGAAAUGCACGAGAGCUCCGUGUCCGGUCAAGCGGAGUUGCGCAAGAGGAAGCUUCGCAGGGCGUCGGCCUGGUACAUGGUGACGUACGAGCACAGCGCGGCGGAGAACACGUUCUUCAGCUUUCCAUGGUGCAUUGCUGAUGUUCUCGUCGACGUUUUGCGUGGCGCAGAGGUGCAGGACAAGGUGUGGAGCUCAAACAUCCUUCACUGGAAGAUCGACUGUCUCAUCGAGAACAACAACGAACUUGCAGAAUACGAUGGUCUGGCCUCAGGUUGCGAUUCGUUCAAGACUGCCUUCCAGAUUAUUGAAAAAUGGCUUAAAGAAGAGACUUUGCUGGGCCAACAUGAACCUGGUGCACAAUCCAAGCCAGGGCUAUGCUCCAACUGUCUGCUUGGGAUAUACACGGAGUUUUUGGGAAGCGAAAAGCUCGCGCCUGUGGGCAAGAUUGUGACAAGGAGGCGACACGCGAUGAUGCUGCCAGCAGCAGCAGCGGGCAAGGACCAAAGGUCCGAGCUGACUACAGAGGCAUCAACAAAACGUUGCACGGACAAAAACGUUUCUACCAAGGAGGCUCCUUCUCAUGCCUGGCAGAUUGUAGACGGCUACAUUGAGCCCCUUUACUUGGACGAUCCAGAAGACGAAACGGACGACCCCGGUGCGACGAACCAGAGUGGAUGCGGUGAAGACGGGCAAGACCUAGAAGAGGUCUGUCGUCAUUCUCUGGUGUUUCCUCUGCACCGGCCACAGGAAGAGUGCAACUCCGAGCCGGACCCUGACGAGGACCCCAGCGUGGGUACUCUGGUGGUCUCAUUCCUGCGGUGGAGUUUAGAGCAACGCCAGCUGCCCCGAGAAAUGUGUCGCGUGGGCGUCUGCGCGGGUGGCGGCUAUGACUGCCAGACCCACAGGUUGCCGAUGGUGGCGUUGCGAGCCUACAGUUCGCUGGCAGUGUCACUGGACCCGUGUCACAUCUCGCUGCCCUGUGACCCCGCAUAUCACGAGCCACACCAGGAGGUGACCGAGCGAGAUCCCGUCCGGAUUCAGAUAGUUGAUCCGGUGAUGGAUCAGAUGCUGAAGGACAAGCUCAACGCAGUGAGACAGCUUCUGAUGCGUUGGACGGGUGUGCAGGACGUUCAAAUACAGCGUCAGGACGAUUAUGACAACACCUACAUUGUCGUGACGGCGACUGGACGCGAUUGGCAGAUCUGGUUUCUUGAAGAACUACUCCUGCAGCGAUGGCUGCCACAGGCCAUCGACUGUGGAGAUCUUGAAAGGUUUCUGAAAGAGAAUCGCGAGGCUAACCAAGCAAAAUUGAGCUCUAGAAACUUGGCAUCCACUAAACACUGAACGUCGCUGCCUUUCCAACAUUUUGAUGACAUGGCUUGACCGUCUCUUAUGUGAUAAAAGCUUUAGCAUGCAGACCUCAUGCAUGGAUUGCUGAAAUGUGCAAUAUAUAUAUAGUAUUCACGUUAGUGAUAUUUUAAAGGUGUCUGUUUGUAUUCCAGAGUAUUAAGUGUUUCAUUGUGCACAUAUGCUGGGCACUGCGCUUUGAUUUGUUUUAUGCUGAGGGCGGGCUUGUGCAGGAUUUUAUUAGAAUGACAAAUGUUGCAAGAAAUGGUGCAAAUGCAUUUAUGUUUGCGCAUGUUGGUCUAUACAACCACACUUGCUGCAGCUGUUUACGUUGCUACAGGUUGGUUUUUAACAGGGUUGUGAAUGUGUGCAACUUAGGCAACAUGAAUUAUCGUGUUGCAAAUGUUCCAAAUGUUUUCACAUUCCCACACGUUCGCUUGACAACCAGACUGGCGGCAGCCAUUUACAUACCUGCCGACUCUCCAGAUUUGUCCGGGAGACUCCAGAUUUCUCACCAGUCUUCCCGAUAGUAUGGGCGCGGCCAUUAAUC